AUGACCGAUUAUGAAAUUGGGCUUCAAAAUGCACUGAGAAAUACUUAUCCACAAGCACAAAUAACUGGAUGCUUUUUUCAUUUUGUUCAGUCAUUACAGAAAAAAAUUAACACACUUGGAUAUAGUCGAUAUGUAAAACAAAAUGCUAACGCAAAGAUGUGUCUUAGAAUGACAUCAGUAUUACCAUUGCUCCCUAAGGAACAAAUCCGAGAAGGUUUUGAGCAGAUAAAAAUAUAUGCUAGAAAUAACGGAGCAUUAUUGCCUCGUUUUUUCACAUAUUUUUCUAGUUUUUGGCUUCGUGAGAAUGUGUUGGAAAAUUUGUCAGUUUUUGGUCAAUAUAGACGAACAAAUAAUAAUAUUGAAUCUUUUCACAGCAACUUGAAACAAACUUUUCAAGUAAAUCAUCCCAACUUGUGGAUAGUAUUGGAACACUUACACAAAACUAGUAUGAAGUACCAUAUUGUUAUUAACCAGCUUGCUUGUGGUAAUCAAGUGACAAGGUCAGUAAAAAUGAAGUACAUUUUAAAUUCAUUGAGAAUUAAGAAUUCUAGUUUAAAAUUAAGAGCUGGUACAAUCACAAUAAGUGAAUUUUUAUUGCAAUGCUCUCAUUCAACAAAUGGGUAUCUUACAAGAGAACUUAACUGGACUGGAAAUGAUAAUCUACCUAUAAUACCAGAAAUUAUUGCUGAGCCACUAGGUAAUCCCGUUAAUUUUGGAAUAGUGGCAGAACCUGACAUUUUAAUCGAACCUAGAGAGCGAGAAAACAUUGGACCCGAAUGGAGAGAAGAGGAUUUCAUUUUGCCUGAGGAUUUAGAUUCUGUGCAAAAUAUGAUAGUGGCAAUUGAGGAGAGAAGGUUGGCAGACGAAAGACAAAAUAUACCAUAUGCUCCUGUUCCAGAUGUUUUGCCACAAGCUGCCGAUGAGAACAUGUGCGUUGUAUGUUUGGUAUGUGAAAGACAGAAUGCUCUUAUACCGUGUGGACACCAAGUGUUAUGCUUACUAUGUUCAGUAACUAUAAAUCCAAAAAAAUGUCCGAUGUGCAAUUCUUAUUUUACUGCAACACUUAGAGUUUAUUCAAAUUAG